GCUAACACAAAGCACCAGGUGGUCUGAACAACUUGAGAAAGGAGGAGGCCAUUCACUAGCCUGUUUUAGCUACUGUUAGCUAGCCGAUGGCUAACGAGCAAGCUAAAACGCCAGUUUGUCUUAAUGUCGCCUGUCUUAUUAAGUGAUGGCAAGAGAACGGUGUUUACAAACCGAAGCUGAGCUGUACUUUCUUAUUGCCAGGUUUCUCCAGUCUGGACCUUGUAAAAAGUCAGCACAGAUUCUGAUUGAGGAGCUGGAGGAGUAUGAGUUGGUUCCUCAACGAUGGAGUUGGGACGGACAGAAAUACAAACGGACCUACCAAGACUGGGUGAUUUUGAACCAGCACAUUCCUGCAGACUAUCUGCUUCGUGUUUGUCAGAGAAUAGGUCCUCUCAUAGAGAAGGAGAUCCCACCUAGUGUUCCUGGAGUCCAAACACUUCUGGGCCUGGGAAGACAGUCCUUGCUUCGAACCACAAAAAGUUGUAGCCACAAAGUUUGUAGUGGCUCAGCUGUUGUUGCACUCCACCGAGGACGUCCACCAGAACCAGCAGUCAGCAUCAGCAAUGCUCCCAGUGUUGUGUCCGUCCUGGGUGCUCGCCAGGCCACAGCCACAGCUCGUUUUGCCCACGCCUUGCCAUCUUCCUCCUACCAACACAUGAAGAUCCACAAACGUAUCCUUGGUCACCUUUCCUCUGUCUACUGUGUAGCGUUUGACCGCACCGGACGUCGGAUAUUUACGGGUUCAGAUGACUGCCUGGUGAAGAUCUGGGCCACGGAUGAUGGCCGGCUCCUGGCAACACUCCGAGGUCACUCGGCAGAGAUUUGUGACAUGGCUGUCAAUCAUGAGAACACUCUCCUUGCCUCAGCCAGCUGUGACAAGGUCAUCAGAGUGUGGUGUCUACGUACCUGUGCUCCUAUCACAGUUCUGCAGGCCCAUGCCGCCUCCAUCACAUCCAUUCAGUUUUGUCCUGCUGUCAAAGGGACAACACGGUACCUCGCCUCCACAGGUGCAGACGGCAUGGUGUGUUUCUGGAAGUGGCACUCGCUCAGCAUGAAAUUCAAUGAUCAACCAGUCAAGUUUGUAGAGCGGUCACGUCCAGGAGUUCAGGUCUCCACUUCCUCCUUCAGCAGUGGUGGAAUGUUCAUGGUUACUGGUGGCACUGAUCACAUGAUCAGAGUCUAUUACCUUGGUGCUGAAACUCCUAUGAAGAUUUCUGAGAUGGAUGCCCACACUGAUAAAGUUGUAGUUGUCCAGUUUUGCAAUAAUAGCGACAGCCUAAGGUUUGUAAGUGGCAGUCGCGAUGGCACCGUCAGAAUCUGGCAUUACCAGCAACAAGAGUGGAAGAGUGUCACUUUAGACAUGGCUGCCAGACUACCUGGGAGUGCUGUUGCCAAUGGGGAUGAUAAAACGAAGUUGGUGGUGACCAUGGUGGCUUGGGACCGUGCAGAUCGCACAGUAAUCACAGCAGUGUCAAACUACCUACUCAAAGUUUGGAGCACAACCUCUGGACAGCUGCUGUACAUUCUAUCUGGCCACGACGAUGAAGUGUUUGUUAUGGAGGCUCACCCGUUCGACUCCCGCAUCAUGCUGUCUGCCGGUCACGAUGGCAACAUUUACAUCUGGGACCUGACCAGAGGAACCAAGAUCCGCAACUUCUUCAACAUGAUUGAAGGGCAAGGCCACGGUGCUAUUUUUGACUGCAAGUUCACCGCUGAUGGGCAACAUUUCGCCUGCACUGACUCUCAUGGCCAUUUGCUCAUCUUUGGGUUUGGCUGCAGCAGACCAUAUGAGAAGAUUCCUGACCAGAUGUUCUUUCACACGGACUACCGCCCUCUGAUUCGGGAUGCUAACAAUUACGUUCUGGAUGAGCAGACACAGCAAGCCCCUCACCUCAUGCCUCCACCCUUCCUGGUGGAUGUUGAUGGGAAUCCUCACCCUCCUCACUACCAGCGCCUGGUGCCAGGAAGAGAGAACUGCAAGGAAGAUCAGCUUGUACCUCAGCUAGGAUACAUGGCUAACAAUGAUGGAGAGUUGGUUGAGCAGGUACUAGGCCAGCAAACAGAAGAAAAUGGAGAAAGCCUUUUGGACAAUCUCAUCCGACAGUUACAGAACGAGCAGGAUGAGCAGUGGAAUCCAGAGCAGCAGGCUGAAGAAGGAGCUGUUGAUGCAGCAGAAGGAGAAGCAGAUUCCUCUCUGACUGCUGGACAGAGAAGGAGCAGGCAUGUGGACGGGGUGUGGCAGAUGCAGCACAACGACCUGCGUAGUCAAGUGGCUACUGAGAGGGACCUGCUGGCCUGGAGCCGCAGGGUGGUGGUCAAUGAAGUACCACAAGGGAUUUUCAGAGUUAUGGAGGAGUGCAGACAAGCCAAAGGAGUUAAGGAAUGUUCUCUAUACAACGCAGAAAGAAGGAAGAAGCCAGUAACAUGUGCACCCAAGAGCGAUCCACUGACCUCACGGCUUCGCUCCCUGCGACCUACCAAGAAAAAGCAGCAGCGUCACACAUAUCAGACCCGCUCAGCUCAAGUCCGCCAACCUGGCAGCAGGAGUCGGAAUUCCAGCAACCGAAGAAACUCAGGCAGCCAUAUGGAGUCUGACAGUGAUGGAGACGCAGCAGAACAGGCAGAGCAAAGUAAUGCCUCUUCUGACGGUGAAGCUCAGUGGCAGAGUGAAAGCAGCUCCAGUGACUCCUCCAGCGAAUAUUCCGACUGGACGGCCGACGCAGGGAUCAACCUCCAACCACCAAAGCGACCGUCCAGGAGGCCUGUACCGCCGCCAGGUUACAGCAGCUCUGAGGAGGAAGAUGGAGGUGAUGAAGAGGCAAAGGAGGCUAAGAAGAGAGAAAGUGAGAAGAGGAAAAAGUCCAAGGAGACCAAACAGAAACCCACAUCCUCUCUGGCUGGACUGGACGCGGAGGAGUGGCUGCCAACGUCAUGGAUAAUGGAGACCAUUCCACACCGCUCUCCUUUUGUUCCACAAAUGGGAGAUGAGCUCAUCUACUUCAAACAAGGCCAUCAGGCCUACGUGCGGGCUGUUCGCAGAGCCAAGGCCUACAGCAUCAACCCUCAGAAACAACCGUGGAACAGACUCAACCUCAGGGACCAGGAAUCUGUAAAGGUGGUUGGAAUCAAGUAUGAAGUGGGACCUCCCACCCUCUGCUGCCUAAAACUGGCUUUCUUAGACCCAGUGUCAGGGAAAAUGACCAAUGAGUCGUUCUCUCUAAAGUAUCAUGACAUGCCUGAUGUCAUAGACUUUCUUGUACUGCAGCAGUUUUACAACGAGGCAAUGGAGCACAACUGGCAACAGGGCAUGAGGUUCCGCAGCAUCAUCGAUGACGCCUGGUGGUUCGGCUCUGUGGAGGACCAGGAGCCUCUGCAGCCUGAAUAUCCAGACAGCCUGUUUCAGUGCUAUGCAGUGAAAUGGGAUAAUGGUGAACGAGAGAGGAUGAGUCCCUGGGACAUGGAACCUAUUCCCGAGGAAGCUGCGCUGCCAGAACAGGUUGGGGAUGGGGUGGAGGUGGCAGAGGAGGAGCUAAAGGCUCUGCUCUACACGCCUCAGGAAGGAGAAUGGGGAGCUCACACACGUGAUGAAGAAUGUGAGAGAGUCAUCCAUGGCAUUGAUCAGCUUCUCACACUUGACGUCGCGAAGGCAUUUACAUUACCAGUAAAUCUGCGGGACUAUCCGCUGUACUGCACUGUGGUUUCUUACCCUACUGACCUCACUACGAUCCGCAAACGACUGGAGAACCGCUUCUACAGGCGGAUUUCUGCAUUAAUGUGGGAGGUGCGCUACAUUGAACACAACGCCCGCACUUUCAAUGAACCCCAGAGCCCCAUCGUAGCAGCUGCCAAGGUGGUGACCGACGUUCUCCUGCACUACAUUGGUGACCAGAGCUGCACAGACAUCUUGGAUCUGCAUCACAAACUGAGGUGUGAGGUCAGCAGUGGAGGAGAAUUAGAGGCUGAGUUGGACGUCGACUCUGACACUCCAGGGACAUCUACAGGACAUCGAGGAUCCAACUCAAAUUCGAAGCGUGGUGUGGUUUUGGACGUGAACGUUUGGCAAGGUCAAUGUCGAGAACUACUGCGGCGAAUGAUCGUCUCGUCGGAUUCAGAGCCGUUCAGGCAGCCCGUGGAUCUCUUUGAAUAUCCGGACUAUCGAGACAUCAUCGACACCCCCAUGGAUCUGGGUACAGUGUCAGAGACACUUGCCGCAGGGAAUUACGAAAACCCGAUGGAGUUCGCCAAAGACGUCCGCCUCAUUUUCAGUAACUCAAAAGCAUACACACCUAAUAAAAAGUCACAGAUUUAUACGCUGACCCUCAGCUUGUCGGCCUUCUUUGAGAAACACAUCAUCUCCAUCAUCUCCGACCACAAGUCUGCACUUCAGAAUGAGCGGCGGACUCGUCAGAGGCUGAGUUACAGGGACAGACUACACAACGGAGGCACGACGCCGCCUGCCAGUCCAUCCUCAAGCUCAAAAGGGAAGCACAAGUCAGGGAAGAUGUCAAAGCCAAAAACAUCCCAGACCUCAUCCAAGAAUUCUUCUCAGAGAUCAUAUCAGGCUCAACAAAGCAGCAGUGUAGCAUCGGAAGAAGACACCCAGCCUUCUUCCCCAAGUUCAGGGACGAGUAGCGGGAGCAGAGACCAAGAGCCCCAUUCUGCGACUCACAGCCAAGCAACUCCGAUGAAGAAGUCAGGGCGACGGCGUCGUUUAAAUCUGAGCAACGGCUCCAGGCCACAGCCUGGGCAGGAGGUGCUGCAGUCAGAUGAAGAGGCAUCCGGAUCCAACAGCUCCUUGUCAGAGUCGUCUUCUAGCACGUCGUCGUCGUCGUCUUCUUCGUCAUCAUCUGACAGUGACAACAGCUCUGAUUCUGAGGAGGAGAAGUACAUGGAAGGAGGAGGAGAUCAUGACUAUAGCAAAGCUCCCUGCUCUCUGACAGUACGGCCGUCUGCUGAGGGUAAACUGACAGCCUCGGGCAAAAGGAGACGCAAAGCAGAAGAGGAUGUGGUACAGAGGCCGAAAAGACUGCGAGUGCAGUUACCUGUAAAGGAGGAGGAGGAAGAGGAGGAGGAGGAAGAAGAAGAAGAAGAAGAGGAGGGAGGAGGAGGACGAAGCUAAGAGGUGCAGCAACAGCAGGUGCAUGUAAGACAUGAGGAAGAUGAGGGAGAGGCGGAGGAGGAGGAGGAGGAGCCUGAAGACGAGGAGG